CCCGCGCGCCGAGCCCGCCGCGCCGCCGCGCCCGCCCGCGCCCCCGCCCGCGCCCGCCGGACCCGCACCAUGUCGCUGUCGCGCUCGGAGGAGAUGCACCGGCUCACGGAGAAUGUGUACAAGACCAUCAUGGAGCAGUUCAACCCCAGCCUGCGGAACUUCAUCGCCAUGGGCAAGAACUACGAGAAGGCCCUGGCAGGUGUGACCUACGCUGCCAAGGGCUACUUCGACGCCCUGGUGAAGAUGGGCGAGCUGGCCAGCGAGAGCCAAGGCUCCAAGGAGCUGGGGGACGUCCUCUUCCAGAUGGCUGAGGUCCACCGGCAGAUCCAGAACCAGCUGGAAGAGAUGCUGAAAUCGUUCCACAACGAGCUGCUCACACAACUGGAGCAGAAGGUGGAGCUGGACUCCAGAUACCUGAGCGCUGCGCUGAAGAAGUAUCAGACGGAGCAGAGGGGCAAGGGCGACGCCCUAGACAAGUGCCAGGCCGAGCUGAAGAAGCUGCGCAAGAAGAGCCAGGGCAGCAAGAACCCGCAGAAGUACUCGGACAAGGAGCUGCAGUACAUCGACGCCAUCAGCAGCAAGCAGGGCGAGCUGGAGGGCUACGUGUCGGAUGGCUACAAGACAGCACUGACCGAGGAGCGGCGCCGCUUCUGCUUCCUGGUGGAGAAGCAGUGCGCCGUGGCCAAGAACUCGGCCGCCUACCACUCCAAGGGCAAGGAGCUGCUGGCCCAGAAGCUGCCGCUGUGGCAACAGGCCUGCGCCGACCCCAACAAGAUCCCGGACCGCGCCGCCCAGCUCAUGCAGCACCUGGCCAGCAGCAACGGCUCCGUGCUGCCCAGUGCCCUGUCUGCCUCCAAGUCCAACCUGCUCAUCUCCGACCCCAUCCCAGGGGCCAAGCCCCUCCCAGUGCCCCCCGAGCUGGCCCCGUUCGUGGGGCGGCUGUCAGCACAGGAGAACGCGCCCACCAUGAACGGUGUCUCGGGCCCCGACGGCGAGGACUACAGCCCCUGGGCCGAGCGCAAGGCUGGCCAGUCCAAGUCCUCGGGUGCCUCCCAGGCGCAGGGCAAGCUGAGCGACUCCUACUCCAACACGCUGCCCGUACGCAAGAGUGUGACCCCCAAGAACAGCUACGCCACCACCGAGAACAAGACACUGCCGCGCUCCAGCUCCAUGGCGGCCGGCCUGGAGCGGAAUGGGCGGCCACGGGUGAAGGCCAUCUUCUCGCACGCGGCGGGUGACAACGGCACCCUGCUGAGCUUCAAGGAGGGCGACCUCAUCACGCUGCUGGUGCCGGAGGCCCGCGACGGCUGGCAUUACGGCGAGAGCGAGAAGACCAAAAUGCGGGGCUGGUUCCCCUUUUCCUACACACGGGUCCUGGACACUGACGGCAGUGAUCGGCUGCACAUGAGCCUCCAGCAGGGCAAGAGCAGCAGCACCGGGAACCUCUUGGACAAGGAUGACCUGGCACUGCCGCCCCCUGACUAUGGCCCAGCACGCGCCUUCCCAGCCCAGAGCUCGGCGCCCUUCAAGCAGAGGCCCUACAGCGUGGCGGUGCCCGCCUUCUCACAGGCAAGCCACCCGGAGUGA